AUGGGGAGAAAUGUGUUUCUACGCGAGAAAAUUGUUAGACCAACCAAGGACAUCACUAUGGUUGAAGAAAUGAGGGUAAAAGACGAUAUAAAGCGCGGUCAUGGAACCCAUACAAACGAACAAAGUGCCGUUGACGGAAAGUUCAUCACCAAAAGGACGCCUCUGACGUUGAUAACUGAUUUGCACGAUAAGUGUUGGAUUGUGGACGACGGCGGACCUCACUGCCAACAGACAUGCACUGAUAAGCACAAGCUAAACCAAUCUAACGUCAUCGGGUCGAAAAGGGUUGAGAAAUUGAGCGAUCCCCUCACUAAUACAGGACAUUCUUGCAACUGCCGGAAUGGAGAACGCCGAUCAAAAUCGGAAGCUUGGAAUGGCGAACCAUUCGCACACGCUAAACGAUGGUAG